AUGACUAUUCUUCCUAACGGCGUCUACCGUAUCACCCAGUGGGGUUCUCAUGGCCAGACUCAGGUUUUAACCCUCCACGAUGGACAGGUUACCGUCUUUCCUGCAGGUGGAGCGCCUGAAAAAGACCAAGAAUGGCGACUCGAAAACCUACCCAAUGGCAAGGUCGCCAUCCAGAUCCCCACAAAUAUCUUUCCUUCGCGUUCCCUUUCUUAUGAAGGGGAAGCGGAGGAGGGCAAGAGGAUUAUACCUGGACCUCUUACCGACUUCCCGACUCGUGAAUCGCACGUUGAAAUUGCGCUACAGAAGCCCUUGCCUGUCCCUUACUUUAUUCGCGUUCCUGAUAAAGGUCUCCUUGCCGCAGUUUCGCCCAUCCUUAUUUUCCCGCCCCAGCUUGCACUCUUCCCAGACAGCAACAAUUUAGACCAAGCAUGGGCCUUUGAUCUCGUCAACCGAGAUUAG